GGGGAACAGAGAUCACUGUGUUGUGUUGUUAGGUAGACAAGUUUGAGUUUCUCGAACAAUGGCGAGAGGAGGGAAAGAGGAAGGAGAAAAACACAUAGGGUUACUAAAGCUGGCUCAAACGCUGUCGUUUUUGCUAAUAUUCAUGGCCGGAAUCAUAAUCGGCCUCGCCGCAAGUUCUCACAUCGAUCGCUACUUCAAUUCUUUGCCGAGGAUGUUCUCAUCAACCACUAAUCUCCAAUCGAUUCCGUUUUCGACUCCUGAUUACUCCAAUUGCACAAUCAUCCACCGGGAUUGCACAGGUAACGACGAGAACGACGACGGAGGAGGAGGAGUCAAGGCGGAGAAACCAAAGGAUCGAGAUUGUUGGAGCAUUGAUGGGUUUGUUCGGCCAGAGAAUCUGAGUCAUGGAAUGAGUGAUGAUGAGCUUUUUUGGAGAGCUUCGAUGGUUCCGGUGAAGGAAGAGUAUCCGUAUGAUAGGGUUCCGAAAGUGGCGUUUAUGUUUCUGACGAGAGGGCCUUUACCUAUGCUUCCGCUUUGGGAGAAGUUUUUUAAAGGCAAUAGCAAAUACUUAUCGGUUUAUGUUCAUACGCCUCCUGGAUACGACAUGAAUGUCUCUCGUGAUUCUCCGUUUUACGACCGCCAGAUCCCGAGCCAGAGAGUUGAAUGGGGAUCCCCACUAUUGACAGACGCAGAGAAGCGUCUUCUAGCCAACGCAUUGCUGGACUUCUCAAAUGAGCGUUUUGUUCUUCUCUCAGAGAGCUGUGUCCCAGUUUACAACUUCUCAACUGUCUACACUUACCUAAUAAACUCUGCUUACAGUUUUGUGGACUCUUAUGAUGAGCCAACACGUUAUGGCCGUGGCCGUUACAGCCGCAAGAUGCUCCCGGAUAUCAAACUCCAUCACUGGCGCAAAGGGUCUCAGUGGUUUGAAGUAAACCGUAAAAUCGCCAUCUACAUCAUCUCAGACUCAAAAUACUACUCAUUGUUCAAACAGUUCUGCAGGCCAGCUUGUUACCCGGACGAGCAUUACAUCCCCACUUUCUUGAACAUGUUUCACGGUUCAAUGAACGCAAAUAGAAGCGUGACAUGGGUUGAUUGGUCCAUAGGCGGGCCGCAUCCAGCUACAUAUGCUGCAGCUAAUAUCACAGCAGGGUUUCUACAAUCAAUAAGGAAAAACGAGACGGAUUGUCUUUACAAUGAAGAGCCAACUUCGUUAUGCUUCCUUUUUGCUCGGAAGUUCUCUCCUUCUGCCUUAGCUCCUCUUAUGAACUUGAGCUCUACUGUCAUGGGGUUUUGAGAGAAAAACAAACUGAUUCAUUGCUCUUCUUCUUUCUACUUUUAUAGGGAUGAGAUGAGAUUCUUCUACGAGAUAUAUAUACAUAGGACUCUUUUUCUUUAUUAGUUUCCUUUGGUUCUCUUCAUUAUUUUGGGUUUUAGAGACGAUCGUUUAGGUCAAGCCUUUUGUAUGUAAGAGUUUUACUUCUGCCAACCUGCAGAGCUAAUCUGGUUAUAGAAAAACAAAUAUAUAUUCUUUUCAUCACUUUUUGGAAGAAAUGAAAUCUAAUGUU